AUGGCGACCUCAUCGGCUACAUUUCCAUCUCUUCUUCCCCGAGUUGCGGACAAUCUUUGGUUCACGCUGGAAAAGAAAUCAGAUGAUGACGCUGUAUUAGCUAAAGAAGAGGAAGAAUACGCUGCUUCGGUGAGUUGCCGUAGAUUUUUGCUCAGCUUGCACCAAAACAAAACGAAUUGUUUCGAAUUUUUUUUUCUACAUCAACGGAAUUAUAAAUUAACUUAAAAUUAAUUAAAACGACUUUCAUUUGGCAAGUUUUUCCUUUAAUCUGCAAAAAUUUAAGUAGAAAGGGAAAUUUUGAAUAAAUUAAUGGUAUGAUCAAAGUUCUAGCGAUUAAGAUCUGUAAAUACAAAGUGCUAAGGGAAACUUACAGCUAAAUUUUGAUUUAACUAUAAACUUACUCAGAAGCAUAUCAUGAUAUUCGGCUUUCUAUAAUUGGUAGUUUCAUGUACACCGUAGCUUGCACUUUCUAGAAAGUUUGGGCUAUUGCUUUUAUAAAAUAAUUCUAGGUUUGCCGAACGUUGCAAUAAAUGAUAUAUUUUUAACCAAUCAGUAUGCUUGCAGUAUCUCAGUCAUAUUAUAACAGAUGAUGUUUCCAUGGCAGCUAAAAAGGAUUGCAGAUAAGGGCUUUGAUAUUCCUCCAAUUGGUACCACUAAAACCAAAGACAGGCAGGAGGUAACGUUGUUGUUUAUUCAUUAUGUAUGCAACACUUACCUCUAAAACUGGAAUCCUGUCUGAUGAGACCCCAAAAUAUGUCUGAUUUGUUAGGAAACAAGAUAUCUGGGAUGAAUUUACAGUGUUAAGUCAGGGAUAAGGUCUAAGUUUCCAAGAGUUCGUAAUGUCUUGGGCUCUAGAUGACAGGAGACUGUCCAAUGUUCUGAAAAUUUCUCUAAUGUGGGACAUGGUACACAUGUAUUCCACAAAGUUAUGGGUUUGGUGUCAUUAACCCUUUAACUCCCAAGAUCAGAUUGUUAAUUGUCCCCUCUAGCUGCUACACAUUUCCUUGUAAAUUAGUUGUGAGAACUUGGUGCUAGAUCAAGAUGGCAGCUUCUGCCUGAUAAGUUUGAAUAUUCUCAUUACCUAUUUGCUGAAUAAUGUAUGGAUAUUUUGGGGAGAAGUUUUAUAUUAAUCACUUCUGGGAGUUUAAGGGGUUAAAUAAAAAGCCCCACCAUAUUUCAGAUGCUAACCCUUUCACUGCCAGUAGUGACUAAUAAGUUAUUUCUCCCUACAUUGUCUUAACAUUGUGUGGCAGAAAGGUUAGGUGAAGAGAGAGUAAUGCCAAUUAGGAGAUAUUGUUUGAUUUAACCCUUUAACCCCCAAAAGUGAUUAACAGCAAGGUGUUUUUAGAUCUUGGGAGUUUAAGGGUGAACACUAAAUUCUCAGAGCAAAAUGUAGGACAGGCAGUGAGGAGAAUAACUGUUUAGUUCUCAGGAGUGAUAGGGCCAAAGAGCUAAAUAUUUUUCAACCUAAAGCUCACUUGUCUUGAACAGAAAGAUACUGAUAUUGGUUGAAAUAAUUUUUUUCCCUUGAUGAAAUGGAAUUUGAUAGUUUGAAUUUUGGGAUGAAUGAUUUAAAAGUCUACUCUGCUUUCACUUAUUUUGAAUCUUUGGUCACUCUUGGUAUCAUUUUAAAGAGACUUGAUGAAGAUGAUGAUGAGAUUGAGGAUGAUGAUGAUUCAGCAGAAGAAAUUGAGGAUGAGACUGAUGAAUAUGAAAGUCCAGAUGCUGAGUCUGUUGAGGGAGAGGUAUAA